AUGGGAUAUGCAAAAGAGGAAGAGGCAACUAUAUUGGAGCUAACAUAUAAUUAUGGUGAUACUGAGGACACCAAAGGCUUGCUAAGAUGUGGGAAGAGUUGCAGGCUACGCUGGAUGAAUUAUUUGCAUCCCAAUAUAAAGCGAGAGAAAUUUUCCUCUUCUGAAGAAGAAAUAAUAUUGUUCUACCAUGAUAAGCUUGGGAACAAGUGGUCUGAAAUAGCAAAGUAUCUUCCAGGACGAACAGACAAUGACAUAAAAAACCUCUGGAAUACUCGUCUGAAAAGACGAUCAAACGAAAGCAUGAUAAACAAUCCUUCUACUCAUGCAUUUUAUUUAUACUUUGCUUCUCUUGAGGUCGAAGCAAGAAUAGGAAGACUUCUGAUGAAUCUUGCUGCUAGUGGCAAUACAAACCUGGACCAUAAUUUUUUAAGGUCUGCAUUCCAAGGCACUGAGAAACUAGCAAGGCCUGUGGCGUCAAAUUUUGUGGGUCAACAACGGGGUGAACAACAACCACAAAAUAAUGCUCAGACUUUCUCGAAAGAUUUUAUACAAGAUAACGAUAUGAUAUCAUUUUCAACAGGUUUAAAUGCUGAAAUUCUUAAUCAAAUUGGCAAUAAUAACUUUCUUCCAAUAGAACAUGAAUCUGAUUCGCUUCUCCCUUUGGUAUCAAGUUCAUCCAAUGGCUAUAAUGAAUCAGCCUCAGAGAUUUCAUCGACCCUUGUGGUAAAUGCUGACGUCUAUGCAGGAUCAACUUCACAUGAAAAAGGGCUUGACUUUACAAAUUUUUCUAAUAACUCCAUAAAAUACUCCUUCCGUGAAUUUGAGAAAAUAGCAAACAAGAUUUUUGCUCAUAAAUUUUGUAUUUCGGCAAGCUUGCCUGCCAAAUUUGUUGAACGAGAGUUCUGGCUUGAGAUAACUUCACGGAAAGAAGACUUUGUUGAGUAUGCCUGUGAUGUUGAAUGGAGUGCCUUCUCGAGAUCAACAAAUGAUCAACUAGGAACCAGCAAUUGGAACUUACAGGUCAAUUUAAUUAAGUUUUAA